GCCACCCUGUCUGCACGGCCGCCCCCUCAACGCUGAGCCCGGCGCCCUGGGCGCCCGCAGAGGUCAAGGGCAGCGCCUGCCAGCCCCGGGGCCCUGGGGACCGGACGAGGGCAGAGGGCCUCACAAGGAGACGGCGUCCUCGGGCUCAGGAACCAGAGCUCCCUCGGGCCGGGCCGGGCCGGCGCCCCCGGGGGGAAGGCCCGUUUCCGGUCCCGCCGGCGGAAGCGGCGCCGCGUCCAAUCCGGGUCCUCCUGGCGCGCGCCGCCCCGCCUUCCCCAGGCUGGCCCCCGGGGGUGGGCGGGGCGCCCGGCGGCCCGUCAGCGCGGAGGGCGGCGCGUGCGCGCGGCGGGGCGCACGCUGACCCGGAGGCGACCCCUCCGUCCGCCGCCUUCCCCGGCGUGAAGAUGGCGCUGUCCAGGGUGUGCGGGGCGCGGGCUGCUCUGUGGGGCUCGGCCGCCGGCCGCGGACCCUUUGUCACCCGGAGGCUGCAGCUGGGUCGCUCCGGCCCCGCGUGGCGAGCCCCUCGGUCUUCGAAGCUCCAUCUUUCUCCAAAGGCCGACGUGAAGAACUUGGUUUCUUUCGUGGUGACCAAGACAAGAGCGAUCAAUGGAACAUACCAUCGUUUCUUGGGCCGUCAUUUCCCCCGCUUCUAUGCCUUAUACACAGUCUUCAUGAAAGGAAUACAGAUGUUAUGGGCUGAUGCCAAAAAGGCUAGAAGAAUAAAGGCAAAUAUGUGGAAGCACAAUAUAAAGUUUCAUCAACUUUCUUACCGGGAGAUGGAGCAUUUGAGACAGUUCCGUCGAGAUGUCAGCAAGUGUCUUUUCAUAGGUAUCAUUUCUAUCCCACCCUUUGCCAACUACGUGGUCUUCCUGCUAAUGUACCUGUUUCCUAGGCAACUGCUUGUUAAGCAUUUCUGGACCCCCAAACAACAAGUUGAUUUCUUAGAUAUUUAUCACAGUCUCCGGAAGCAGGCCCACUCAGAAGUCAUGACUUAUUUAGAAAGGGCCAGCACUCUUGUUUCUGAUGAGAGGCUUCAGUGGCAUCUGACAGACCUGGGCAUCAAGGUGCGGAACGGUACCCACCCGACAGCUCAUGACAUCCUGCCUCUCAGAGAGUGCUUCUCUACUCAUCCCCUGGGCUUGAAUCAACUCCAGGCUGUGCAAAUGAGAGCCUUGAGCCGGGCCAUGCUCCUCACACCUUACCUGCCUGCCCCCUUGUUGAGAUGGCGGCUAAAGAGUCAUACCACUGUGAUUCACCAGCUGGACAGGGCUCUGGCAAAGCUGGGGAUUGGCCAGCUGACUGCCCAGGAAGUGAAAUCGGCUUGCUAUCUUCGUGGCUUGAAUUCUACCCAUACUGCUGAUGACAGGUGUAGGACUUGGCUAGGAGAAUGGCUGCAGAUUUCCUGCAGCCUAAAAGUAAAGAAUGACAGAGGAAAACCGCUCCUGCCACCUCCAUUUAAACAGGAGGCAGAGGAACACUUCCAGUAAAGAAGUCAGUGCUGAGUGGGUCCGGGAACUUUUAACUAAGGCAUGGGAGAGUAAGGACUCCUGACUGAGGUAAGUGUUGAGUCUGAGUCCCAGUCCAUAGAUUCCAAAGAUUAUAAUCAGAUCUUGAAUCCUUUGGAAUCUGGGAGUCCUAAGUCACACACUAAGAAUCAGUUUGACUUUGGUUUCAUAAAUCUCUAAGAUUGGGGGGGGUGUCCAAUAAAACCUGCAGUUCUCAGGAUUGAACUGUAACAUCCAAAGAGCUCUCUAAACCUAGAUAACCAAGUACCGAAAGGGUACAUAUAGAGGAAGAGAAUCCUAACUAGCUGAUGACCUUGUACUACACUUUAUAUUCCAUUUAGAGCCAAGCUCUCCCAAAAGGAGUGUGUGAGUGUGUGUGUGUGAGAGAGAGAGUGUGUGUGUGUGUGUGUGUGUGUGUGUGUGUGUGUGUGUGUGUGUGUACUAGGUGAGAAAGCAAACAGAGUCAUCUUCCAGACUGUUCUACUGGACUCCUACCUAAUGACUUAUGCUCUGUACCAUGUUCAUAUCCAACCAGGAUUUUUUCCCUUUUAAGGAGAAAAGAUGGGAAAAAGGCAGAGAAGUUUAACUCUAGAACCUAAGAACAUCUCAAAGAAAUAAUUCAAGUUACAGACCAGGAAUCCCAUUUGCAGAGCAGGUCAGGGAACACCAAACACGUUGAAAAUUAACUUAUUUCCCAGUUAAGAGGUGGGAGAAAGCAGGGUCAAUUUUUAGGAUGGGAGUUUUGUACAGAAGCAGAGAUUCUUCUGUGGCCUCCAUUCUAGACUCAGCCGAGUGGCCUUUCUAACAGUGUGACUGAUACACCAAGAUGGGUGAGGAGGAGCUGCCCUGCAGAGAGCUAGCUGCUCACGUCCUUAGUUCUGGCCCCAUGCAUAAAGAAGUUACCCAGCUUACUGUGUGAUCGACAUCUUUGUUCUGGUGGCCAAGAGAGCUCAGUACUGGAAACUGAGUGGGGCUGGUCUCUUCCCCUUUUAAAAAAUACAUGUACUAACAACCCCUUCCUACCCAUUUUCCUAAGAUUUUCAAUAAAAUAACCUGGG